AAUAAUAACGUAUCAGAUCAUCGAAUGAUGGAUCUUGGGAGCAAAGACAACAUCAUUAAGGUCCCAGACGCCGAAGGCAAUACAAUAACCAUGAUUGAGCACGCUGGGUUUCAUUGGCCCCCAUUGCCCGGGUUAUCACAGCGACUGGAGGAAGACUUGGUUCGGUUCAAAGCUAGACCUGACGAUACAUGGGUUAUCACUUGGCCUAAAUCAGGGACUCACUGGUGUUGGGAGAUAUGCAGUAUGCUAGUCAGUGGUAAAGCCGAGCUGUUACAACAAUCCAAGGUUACUGCAAUGUACCCCGACUUUGUGGGAAACGCUGAAGUAGACCCCAUACCAUCACCACGAGUAUUAAACACCCACGCAGCCCCUGAUUACUUCCCAAAAGAAGCGCUGGAGAAGUCCAAGUUGAUUUUUACAGUGAGACAUCCCAAGGAUGCGGUUGUGUCUUAUUUUCACCACACGAAGGGGAUAAAACAGAACGAGUAUGAAAGAGGAACGUGGGCUGGGUUCCUGUCUGUCUUUCUUGAGAAGAAAAAUGAAUACGGAGACUGGAUAAACCAUACAGAGUCUUGGUUGUCUCUUUUGGACGGCAAAUCCAACGCUCUUAUUCUCAAAUUUGAGGACUUGAAAAAGGACUUAAGGAAAGAAGUUCAACAUAUUGCCGAGUUUCUUGAAGUAUCACGUUCGGAUGAAUUUUACGACGAUGUUACUCGUCUUUGUUCCUUUGACAGCAUGAAGGAAGGGAAAUUGUCUGGCAAAGAUAGCUUUCUAUGGAGAGCAGAGUCAUCAGGAGUAUUCAGGAAAGGCGAGAGUGAAGAUUGGAAACGUCACUUUACUGUUGCACAAAACGAAGAGUUCAACAGAUUCAUUAACGAAAGGCUUACAGACACUAUCUACGCCAAGAAAAUUGGUUACGAAUUCCUGUAAAACUGCAUUCCCGCAGAUUUAUAGAUCGAUCUAUCCCCAUGGGGAGUCUCACUAGAUUGCUGUCAGGUUAGCCGGCUUAAA